GAGAGUUUAUUAUUUGCACCAAAUACAACUACUAAACAAAAAGAGAGUUUCCCUCUCUUUACUUCUCUCUCCUCCCUUUUUUUCUUCUUCUUCUUCUUCUCUCUCUUUGGACAUUUGGCAUCUGCUCUGCUCUCGGAGUUCUUCAGCCAUGGAUGUACUACUCUUUCCAAGCCACCUCGAUGCUUUUAUCGAGAGGAAUCCAAUAGCAUGUGAGCAACCUAACCUCGAGAACCAUCAGAGUAUAGCAGAAUGUACUGAAAAAUAUUACCAUUGUUUGGGUAACCGACUAUUAUACGUUCGUAAACGGAUGAAUAAAGUAUAUAUGGGGGGGAGACGUGUACCAAAGAUAUUAGACAGAUGGUCAAUGGAUGCUACAGAAUUGAAAUAUAAAGGGAGUGGUCUCCUUGAGAAACUACAAGCUGGAAAGAGUGACUCGCUAACAGAGGAGUCGGAACAUUUCGACAACUCUACUGCCAAAAUCCUAAAGCAUUGCCCCGUCAAAGAUGAAUAUGAGUACGACAAAGCAAUUCCUGUAGUCAUACCUACAAAAAAAGAUCAGAAAUUUAAAACUAGCCCUGUCGGGCAUGGAGGAACAUCCUUCUCGACAAAUAAGGAGGAGGCGCUUGCACGGUUGAAAGCGAAUCCUGUGAGUGGUUUUCAUGAUUCACAGCAAGCAGUUGAAUCAGUUUCAAAACAGGAGUCCUUGAGCCCUUCCAAUUCACAGGAAACGCAUAAAGUUUACAGUACGUCUAUUCCAGAAAACGAAAGUUAUUCGUUUAUGAUGGAGAAUAACUCUAUUAAGUGUGUAGAGUUGGAUGAUGGUAAAACUAUCUCAAUUCCCAAUCGUCCAUCCACAUCGGGGAAACUUGAGAAUUCCUCAGUGAUAAAUCUCGUAGAACGUGACUUGUGUCAGCUACCAGAGGAACCAGACUACUCUAAUCCUUAUUUUUUAUUCCUCCAAAAAAACACCCGCUUAACUCAGAUUCCCGACUCAUUUUUCAACACCAUGCCCGAUCUGAUUUUUCUGGACAUGUCGGAUACUAAAAUCAAGAUCCUGCCUAGUUCACUUUUCAAGCUUUCCAAACUUAAGGUUCUUAUGUUGAGAAACUGUUUUCGUCUAGCGAAAAUUCCAUCCGAAAUCGGGAAUCUCAGCGAUAUGGAAGUGCUGGAUCUGUCGGGCAGUGAACUAUAUGACCUCCCCGAUGAAAUUGGUGAACUUACGCUUCUUACGCAUUUGCAGCUGUCCUUUUAUGGGCCUGAUGAUGAGAGUGAAUUUGUACAUUUGCCAUCUAAACUGAUUUCUCCCACUUUCUUAUCCAAGAUCAAGAAUCUCGAAGCUCUAAAUAUUUCAGUGCACCCUGAAGAUCACCGGUGGACUAACGAUGCCGAACCGAUAAUAAAGAACGUUGCUGAGUUGGAGAAUCUGAGUCAUCUUCAGUUCUACUUUCCAAAAGUAGAAAUGUUUGAGGAUUUCAUUCAGACAAGCCCUUCUUGGAAGAAGGGCAUCUUACGAAAAUUCUGCUUCGUUGUUGGCUGUGAUGUAAAACGAAUAGCAUCUCGAGUACCAGAUGAGGUAGAACAACUAUUCCGCAAAGAAACACAGUCCUUGAGAUUUGUGAAUGGCAAUGCUAAUCAGGUACCUCAAAUGAUUCAAAAUGUACUUGCACGUGCCACAUCAUUCUACCUGGAUCAUCACAUGAAAGUCAAGAGUUUGUCAGAAUUCCGGAUCUCCAAUUUCCGGUUACUAAAGUUCUUCCUAUUGAGAGAGUGCCCAAAAAUACAAACGAUUGUAGACAGCAGCUCAGCUGGAGACGUGUUUCCAUGUCUAGAACAUUUAAGAAUCUAUUAUUUGUGGGAACUGAAGCACGUAUGCGAAGCACCUUCAAUCUGGACAAGCUAUUUCCCGGCACUUACACAUCUAACAGUCAGCACGUGUCAUAAGCUAAAGUUCAUACUCUGGGAAUCCAUGGUUCCAUGCCUUCCCAACUUAAAGGAACUUGUGGUUGAAGACUGUGAAUCUGUGGAGGAAAUAGUUAAACAAGAAAAGGAGAGAGCAAUUUACACCGAUAACGGCGUAAUUCGUAUUGAAUUAAGCAGACUUGUACUUCAAUACUUACCUAAGUUGGUUAGUCUUGGAAAUGGCUUGUCUUUGUCAGAAGCCAAAAUCGAUAUUACUGGUUGUCCCCGUUUCAACUUGAAGCCCAAGGAACAUGCACUGGUAAAGCUUAUGAAACGUCUUGGUUGGUUAUUGGCUGUACUUGUUUUUUCGAUUUUAUACCGUUACUUUUUUUUCUGAGCUGCACUACAAUUUCAAAUGAUGUGAUCUACAAGUUCAACAGGAUCCUAAGAAAUAUCUGUAAGUGAGGCUGCAUUUCGUCUUGUAGAAUUACUUAAAUAUUUCAUUAAUUGUGUCUAUGCACUAAUAAGGCUGUAACUGUCUACUGUCUAGUCGAGUCGCAGAUAUGCACUCUGAUGAUCGAACCGUUUACAGUGCACACUGAUGUUCACCUUGAUGAAACUUGAAGAGUUACUAUGAUUCUAUUACUACUCA